AUGCGCGCCCACAAUGCCCUAGACAGCGACGACGCGAAGGAAGCGCAGUGGGAAGCCGCGCGCGGCGCAGCCGUCGGAGCCGUGAAAUGGGGCGCCGCGACCGCCGUCCUGGGCGGAAUUGGUUAUCUCGUGUCGCCGUUGUAUCGCGGGCUGACCAUCCAGUUUAAAGUAUACCUCCAAAUGUCCGGCAUGAUCGUCGGCAGCAUGAUCGAGGCCGACUACCGCAUGAGGCAGUACGAGCAGCACAUACGCAUGCAGCGAAGGAUAGCCCAGAACCGCGCCUUAUGGGCGGACUACGAGAACGAGCUGGCGGAAUUAGAAGACGAGGGGACAUCUUCCGAGAAGAAUAAGAAAUAA